AUGCUAUAGAAUUUCAGAGCCAAUUGGGAGGUGGGGUACCUAUCUCAUCCGCAACCUAUAAUAGGGCUGUUGGGUUCCCAGCAACUAGCAAGCAGCGACGGGGCUCGACUCUAUUCCCAGUUCCUCACUCGAACCAAACAACCCAUUCAAAGUUCAAAAACACACUUAAUUUUCUCUUCAGGGACUUGGCUGAUCCGUCUUUUUUGAAACACUUGACUGAUCCUUAAUAGCUGCGAUGUGGAAUGUUUUUUUUGGGCUAUACAUAUAAUUGAUAUCAUAUCGAUACAUAUUGUUUUUCACAACAGGUAGAAUCGCUGGCCAUGGCCCUCCCCCUCGGCAAGUUAACCAUCCUUGUGGGUGCAGGCAUUCUUGGUUCAGUUCUUGCUAAAGAGGGGCGCUUGUCAAAUGUGUCUGACUUGGUUUCUGGUGCAUUCAAGAUUGCUUUUAAGCAAAUUAACCAGGAUGAUUCUUCCUCGUCAAUUGGCAAGCCACAUAAUGAUUCUUUGAUGGCUCAGGUUAACUGUCUUCGGCAGGAGCUGCAAAUGUUAGCAUCAAACAGAUCAGUUACAAUUGUGACUGCAAGUGGGACAAGUUUAGGUGCAAGUAAAUAUGGUCUAAUUGUUGUCGUGGGUGUAGCUGGAUAUGGCUAUGUUUGGUGGAAGGGUUGGAAACUUCCAGACAUGAUGUUUGCAACAAGACGGAGUUUAUCUGAUGCUUGCACUACUAUAGCUGGACAGCUUGAAAAUGUUUAUGCAUCAAUCAGGAGUACCAGGAGGCAAUUAUCAUCAAAUAUUGAUCGCGUGGAUUCUAAUUUGAAUGAGGUUGCUGUACUCACGGCAACCACCCAAGAAAAGGUUACUGAACUGUUGGAAGAUUCAGAAAGGAUUGGUCAUGAUGUUCGUUAUGUUCGUGAUGCAGUUGAAACACUGGAAAUAAAGAUCAGUAGAAUAGAAGGGAAGCAGGAUAUGACAAACCUUGGAGUAAAGAAGUUGGUUGACUAUGCGUACAAUUUGGAAAACAAAUUACUCGAAGAGAACACUCAGGCGUCAUCAUCCAGUUCACGAAUUGCAUUCUCAUCAGAGAGGGGUUCUUUGCUGCUUCCACCAAGUGAACCAACUUCUCUAUCUAUUUCCAUUGGAUCUUUGGAGGUUCAACGACCUCUCCACAGAGCUGCCUCAGCCACUCCUCCACAGAGGACUAAUGGGAUUUCAGAAGCAGUGGAGGUUUCAAGCAAUCUGGGGAUUUCUAAUGGUUUCCGUGCUCUAGAAGAAACAAAUAAUGGCUCUUCAAGAUGGAUUAAACCAACACGUAUUAUGAGAACGUGCAGUGCAACAAAUGCUGUAGUACCUCAAACGAGUUCAAUCAGACAACAAUUUUGAUGACAUUUUAUUUGGAGAACUUCGACUUGUUUCCGGCUUCCUAACAUCCCAUGAAUAUGGAUACCAAAAUGGUACUGAAUUUUGUAGAGAUGUUUGCGAUAUGAGUUUACACAAGUAUCAUUCUUGACACAAUGUAUAAAUUUGGUGGGUUUUUGGUCUUAGAAGAGGAGGUGCAUAUGAAUUUUUGCUAUGCCAGUUAGGUUGUCUACUAUUAUUGUGUUCAAGAAUAAAGGAAAUUCACUGGUAUUCAAAGUAA